GCUUUGCUUCGUAAGUUCAAGUGUUGAAACAUUUAUUAAUGCUUUACAAUUCUCGUAUAAACACUAAAGUCAUCUAAAAUUGUAAGGUUAUGUUACAGUAUAUUUAUUAUAUGUGUAGUUGUUGUAGUCAGUAUAAUAUUUAAUGUGUUUUAGUUGUAAGUUACGUUAUGUCUAAAGAAGAAGCACAAACCGAAAGUUCAGAUGACGAUUCGUCAACGUUUUCUGAAGAAUUCGUAAAUGAACAAAAUCCUCAAGUGUUUGAAAAAGCAGCAGAACUUCUAAAUGUUGUGGAUGUUUAUAACAUUGCUUCAAGUGUGGGACAGGAGUUUGAACGACUUACUGAUGCAUUUGGAGGUGCUGUGUUUGUUGGCGUGAUGCCAAAGAUCAUAAGAAUUCUAGAGUUGCUUGAAACAUUUGCGGCACAGAAUGUUGGUGGUGGCGAUAAAAUGACGGAACUUGCUGCAACUGUGCAGAAGUUGCAACUGGACAGUCGGUUAAAGGACCAAAAGCAGCAAGAAGAGAUAGAGAUAGUAGAAGCAGCUUGGAAAGAUGAGACACGAGGUCUCAUGGAAACAGUUGCAACGCUUGAAGAGGAUAACCGAAAGUUGACCUUACUACUUACUGAAAAGAUGGAGGAGGAGAAUGCAAACAUGCUCAACUUCAUUCCUUCAGAACAACAAGGAUCUUCUGUGUCAAAGUUACAGGAACAAAUACAAAAACAGCGAGAUGAAAUCCGUGCAAGGAAUCGAAUUAUUGAAGAAAAGAAUGCAGAAUCUGAAGCAACUUGUUGUUAUGAGUAUAACAACAUUCACCCACAGCUUCAACUCCAAGUAAACAGGAUGGGGAAAUUAAACGUUGAAGUUCGAAGAAAAAUCACGAUUCUUGAACAACAAGGAAAGAAUCUGAUUCAACAGAAAAGUGAAUUGGAGUCAAGAUUGCAAGGACAACCUGCACUUGUUACUGAUAUGAAGAUAAGUUCUUCGCCACACCCAAAACCUGUAAAAACCGAAGCAGCCUCUUGUUCUACACAGGAUGACAAGUGGCCAGGAGACCCAUUGUUGGCGAACAAACUGGUGAUUGACCUCAGUGAUCCCAACAGACCUCGUUACACACUGCAGGAGCUGCAGGAAGUUUUAAAUGAUCGAAACAAACUAAAAGCUCGAUGUUUUCUACUGGAGGAAGAGCUGCGUUACUUCAAGGGAGUGGCAAAGAAACACGGAUAUGAUGAUUCCUGGGAAGAGUUGGGUGAUGCUGAGCUCCAACAAUCCAAACAACAAAGUGAGAAAAACAAUAAUCUUCCCCAACAAAGUGGGAUCAGAAGAUUUUUCUCGUACAUUACUGGUGGUGGUGGUGAGGGGUUAUGGAAGCGUAACGAGGUUACCAAGGAAACAUCACCCAAACGUCACCAAGUUGUGGAAGAAGACAACACAAAUUUACUUGAUACCGAUGAUUUAGAUCAACUUAUACCGGAUCUAACUGUGCCACCUGCACAGGAUAUGACAGAACUUGGUGCUUCAUCUUGCUAAUGAAGAAAAGGAGCAUCCUUUUUUAAAACAAAUGGAUAUCUUGUCCUUUAGGUUUAAAAUUUUUUCCACCAAAUAUUUUUUUGGACUUCAUGAAAAAAAUAAUUUUGUCCGAGUUUUUUUUUGAAUGUAUUUUUUGGGUAAUAAGCCUACUCUGGCCUAAAUCCUAGUUGCCUCUCUGUAGGACCUGACCCUCUGUAGGACCUGACCCAUAUAAAACAGAAACAUCUAGAUUUUCAGGUUUUGACAUUACGGAUUUCUAAAGAGUUUUGUUUUUGUUAUUAUUUUAAAGCUCAAAGGCAUUUUUGAUCAUCUUUUCAGGAUCAUUUUUUCACAUUAUGGUUCUUUGGAUUUCAUAUCGUUAUGUUUAAAAGGUGUUAAUGUCAUUUCAUGAUCUCAUCUUGUUUGGAAUUUAUAACUUUUUAUGCAAUAUUUGCAUCUGGAUUUUUGGUAAGUGUUUUGUUACCCAUAUAUAUGUUCAAUAUUUUCUAAGUUUCAAUGAAGUCUUUCUGUUGUAUUUAUUUAUACAAGUUCCAUACUGUAUGUAGAACUUUUCUUCAAUUUCCAGCACUAUGUUUUCAUUUUCUCCUUAAUCCAAUGCUUACCAUUACACCAUAAUGCCAAUUUAUUUUAAAACCCAGAGCACUUAGUUGACUCAAGAAAAUAUUACCUUUCUGCUUAUUUAAUUCACCCGUUUCAACCCAAUGUUCUAUUUGCCUAAAAUCUUGUCAUGCCGCAUACAAUUUUCAUUGAUUCACUGUAAAAAAUAUUUGCCUUUCAGUAUUUUAUGUUAAACCAAACUGUAAAAGUUACCAUGCCACAGUUGCAAUAAAACAUCGCGAUGUAUUCUCA